UCGGGCGCGGGGCCGCGGUGUCCCCGCCGUGUUCCUGUAGUGUCCCCGGGGCCGUGAGCCGUGUUUGCCAUCUCAAAGUCCGGGGUCAGCGCACGGGGCCCCGCUGCGUUCUCUGCGCCGCGCUUUUCACCCAUCGAGGCCGCGGGUGGGUGCGCGGCAGGGUCGCCCCCCAGCCCCUCUCUGCCCUUCCCCAUGACCUUGGGCCCCUGCGCACGGGGUGGGGGGCGAGGGGGCACCUCCCCACAACCGGGCGCCGCCGCUCCGCGAAGGGGCUGGAGAGGCUCGGGGUUCCCCCACCCCUCGAGGGCAGCGGGGACGGCCGGGCACCCCCAACCGCCCCCCGGGCAGGGGGUCCGCGCUCGCCCCGUUGGGGGCAGCCAUGCGUGGCGGCUUUGUCCUGCGGCUGAGUCGAGCGGCGAGGGGGGGGCGGCGGGCGCAGCCGGCGCGGUGCCUUUGUCUGGGGACGGCGGUGGUGGCGGUGGAGGGGCGCGGGGACCCCCACCCAUCGCGAUUGGCACAGGCGUGGAGGGAAGCCCAUGGCACCCGGCCCCCCGGACCCCCCCCCUUCCCAGCCCCAGCCCUGCUGUCCUGGCCCAUAGCACCCCAAAGUCCCGACCAAGCAGUGCUGGGGAGCACGAGCAGGUGCCCCCCGCCCCGCCGAGCCAUGCGGCAUCGCGCCCCCCGCCCGCCGCAGCCAUGAGCGGCCCCCGCCGCAACGGGGGGGUCCCGAGCGCCUCGCCCCGCAGCCCCCCCCCGUUAGAGGCCCAGAGCCCAACGCUGCGGCCCCGUCGCGCCCCCGGCCUCGAGGUGGUGGUGCAGCCCCCGGCCCCCCCAGCGAGGGGCGAUGCUGCCGAGGGGCGGGGGGGGCCGCGGCGGAACCAGAACAUCGGCUACAAACUGGGCCACCGGCGCGCCCUGUUCGAGAAGCGCAAACGGCUCAGCGACUACGCGCUCAUCUUCGGGAUGUUCGGCAUCGUGGUGAUGGUCACCGAGACGGAGCUCUCCUGGGGGGUCUACACCAAGGAGUCCUCGUACUCGUUUGCACUGAAAUGCCUUAUCAGCCUCUCCACCGUCAUCCUGCUGGGGCUCAUCGUCAUGUACCACGCCAGGGAGAUCCAGCUCUUCAUGGUGGACAACGGGGCGGACGAUUGGCGCAUCGCCAUGACCUACGAGCGCAUCUUCUUCAUCGCUCUGGAGCUGCUGGUCUGCGCCAUCCAUCCCAUCCCCGGGCAGUAUCUGUUCAUGACGGCACGUUUGGCUUUCACCUACGCCGCUUCCGUGGCCGACGCCGACGUGGACAUCAUCCUGUCCAUCCCCAUGUUCCUUCGGCUCUACCUGAUCGGCCGUGUCAUGCUGCUGCACAGCAAGCUCUUCACCGACGCCUCGUCGCGCAGCAUCGGAGCCCUCAACAAGAUCAACUUCAACACCCGCUUUGUCAUGAAGACCCUCAUGACCAUCUGCCCCGGCACCGUGCUGUUGGUCUUCAGCAUCUCCUCCUGGAUCAUCGCCGCCUGGACCGUCCGUGUCUGCGAGAGGUGG